AUGGCUAUCCUAUCGAUGGUGCCAGCGCUGCUUCUUGCGCUGGCAUCAUGCACCCCGGCUGUCGCCGCCCAGAGCGCCUCCGAGUACUUCGUUCACGACCUGCCCGGCGCACCCAAGGAGCCCUUCAUUAAGAUGCACGCUGGACACGUAGAAGUCACACCCGAACACAAUGGCAACCUCUUCUUCUGGCAUUUCCAGAACCAACACAUCGCCAACAAGCAGCGCACCGUCAUCUGGCUUAAUGGCGGCCCGGGGUGUAGUUCCGAAGACGGCGCCCUCAUGGAGAUCGGCCCCUACCGCCUCAAGGACAAGGAGCAUCUCGAGUACAACAACGGCUCCUGGAACGAGUUCGCCAACCUGCUCUUCGUCGACAACCCUGUCGGCACCGGUUUCAGCUAUGUCGACACCAACAGCUACCUGCACGAGCUACCCGAGAUGGCCGAUCAGUUUGUCCAGUUUCUCGAGAAGUGGUUCGCCAUGUUCCCCGAAUACGAGCAAGACGACCUCUACAUCGCAGGUGAAUCAUAUGCCGGUCAGCACAUCCCAUACAUCGCGAAGCACAUCCUUGAGAGAAAUAAGAAACCGGGGACCAAGACCACAUGGCGGCUGAAGGGUCUGAUCAUGGGCAACGCAUGGAUCUCUCCCAAAGAACAAUACGACGCCUACCUCAAGUAUGCAUACGAGAAGAAGCUCAUCGAGAAAGGCUCUCCCGUCGCGCUCAACCUGGAGCAGCAGUGGCGCAUCUGCCGCACCUCGCUGGCUGUCGGCAACACAGUCGACUUCUCUGAGUGCGAGACUGUUCUGCAGAACCUGCUCGAGCAGACGGCAAAGGUCAACUCCAAGGGCGAGCGCGAGUGCAUCAACAUGUACGACAUUCGCCUGCGCGACACCUACCCCUCGUGCGGCAUGAACUGGCCCCCAGACCUGGUCAACGUGACGCCCUACCUUCGCAGAGCCGAUGUGGUCAGCGCCCUGCACAUCAACCCCCAGAAGAGCACGGGCUGGAGCGAGUGCAGCGGAGCCGUCGGCGCCGCUUUCCGCGCUCAGAACUCGGCGCCAUCGAGAGACUUUCUGCCCGAUCUUCUCAAGGAGGUACCGGUCGUCCUCUUCUCUGGCGCUGAAGACCUCAUCUGCAACCACAUGGGAACGGAGGCCAUGAUUGGCGACAUGGAAUGGAACGGCGGCAAGGGCUUCGAGCUCACGCCCGGCAACUGGGCCCCGCGCCGCGACUGGACCGUUGAGGGCGAACCUGCCGGUUUCUGGCAAGAGGCCCGCAACCUCACCUACAUCCUCUUCUACAACUCAUCCCACAUGGUGCCCUUCGACUACGCCCGUCGCAGUCGUGACAUGCUUGACCGCGUCAUGCAGGUCGACAUCAGCUCCGUCGGUGGCAUGCCCGUCGACUCCCGCCUCGACGGCGAACAGGGCCCCGCCACGUCGGUCGGCAACAUCGGCAACAGCACCUCCGCCGACGAGGAGACGCAGAAGAAGCUGGACGACGCCAAGUGGAAGGCGUACUACCGCUCUGGCGAGAUUGUCCUCGUCAUCGUCAUCAUCGCCGCCGGCGCCUGGGGCUGGUACAUCUGGCGCGAGCGCAGCAAGCGCAGGGGCUACGCCGGCAUCAUGGGAAACACGCCGCCGACCACCCAUCGCGGCACCUCGCGCGGCCUCGAGGGCUUCCGUGAUAGGCGGACCGCACGGGACGUUGAGGUGGGCGAUUUUGACGAGAGCGAGCUGGACGACUUGCACGUGGCGACGCCGACAACAGAGAUGGACAAGGACCGCUACAGCGUCGGGGGGGACAGCGACGACGAGCCGCACGAGAAGCCCUCGGCAGCGAACGGCAGCCGCUCGGCGCGGUGA